CUUUUUCUUUCAAUGUUGUCUGUCAGUCAUUUGGUAAAUCGUUCAGAAAAAAUCAGAAAUUGUCAACUCGUUUGCGUUACGGCUGGGAUUGGUUUUCUUUCUUGGCGUUUUAAUUUUGUCUCUACGAAAACCUAUUUUUAUGUGACCAAAACAAAAUAUAAAUCGGCAUCAAAUUUCGUAGCCGUAAUGAAUUGGCUGAGCGGUUCGCGUCCUGAAUCAUGUAUCGUUUUGAAUUGAUUAAAUAAAUGUAAAUAAUAAAACAAUGAGAGGUCGGUGUUAAGUGAUUUCUCCGCCCACUGCAAUCAUUAUGCGAUUAGUGAGACAGGAAUUGAGUGUUAAGUCGAUGCUGCGGGAUAUCUGAGGAUGUCUGGGGAAGGCGAGCGGGCGUCGCGCCCGAACUCGCUGGUGCUGGAGGCGCCGCCCCCGGAGCGCGAGCCGCUGCACUUCGACGUGCAGCUGGUGGGAGCGCCGCCGGAGGUGGAGCAGCUCGUCAACAACAUCAAACAAGUCGCUGAAGACUUUCUUUAUCACUGGAAAACUUUCCCUAUCGUACUUCCACCAUCCCGUUUCACCGGCGCCGGGAACCGACCUUCAGACAUCAUCGUAGCACCGCCAUGCGAUGAACUGGACGCUGCAGCACUAGACGCAGGGGUGGAACCUCAUCCCCUGUCGCCGAAACAGCUGCACGCUAUACGCGAGAAGGGAGAGUUCGAGGUUCCUUCCCGCCAUUUCCCGGGUCAAACGCACGUGUGGCGAGUAGCUGGCUGGUUGCAACGUGGCCGUGUGAGGGCUCGUGAGGAGUUGUACUGUCAUGUGGCGCGGGCUCUGACCCUCAUUGUCGUCGUGGCUCGCGAUAGACUGCUGAGGGAUGAGCCACUGUCCGUCAUCGCUGGGGCCAAGUCUUUGCUUCAAGGAUUGCAUAGACUUCUUGACUUGGCGUUUGGAAUGCCGUCUUUAGAAGCUCGCGACCUGGACAAGAAGAUUAGAGAAGAAAGGUCACGUUAUUUAGUAGCUGAGCUGAUAUGUAAGCCGGAACAUCAGGAGGACAUAACAGCAUUAGCGGCGUGGGUGACGCGGGCGAUGCGUCGCGCGGCCGCCGAGAAGACUGACGCGCGAGAGCCGCCGCGCCCCGCGCCGCCCGUGCCCUGUCUCUACACCACGCCGCAGAGAACACAGGUGGAUUUACGCCUCUACAGACGUGAGCUAGUGCGUCGUGCGGCGAGUACACUGCAAGCGCUGUUGGAACGCGAGGCUCGCGGCUGGUUCCUACACUUUAGAGAGCGCCGAGCUGCCCAGCUCGCCAGUCAGAAGAUGCCUAUGAAGGAUAUUGAAGAGGAGGUACGUGAAGCUGCAAUGCGUGAGUACGUGUCGCGAGUGUGCGCGGCGGUGCUGGCCAGCGAACCGCUCGCCGCGCUAGGACCUGACGUGCCGGCGUUAUUGGCGGCCCAGCUUCGGGCCUCUGCUAUUGUUACCAGGGCCGAAGAAGGAGUCCGCAGAAAACUAGAAGCGAGCUUAGCAACAGCCGAAGCGCGAAUAUGUGCAAGCCAUCCCAUCCUCUUCCGCGCCGACGCGUGGCGCAAGGAGAAGUUAGCCGCUGCAGCGCUGCGCUUGAAGAACGAGCUGCGCUGGAUGCCCAUGGAGGACGCCGCUGCAGCGAUGCAAGCGCACAAGCUGCAUCAGCAUCGUUACUUCUUGCUGAGGGAUCUAGCGUUCCUGAGGGAUCGGGAGCCGCUGCUUAUGAAGGAGUUGCGCAGCGCGGUAUCUCCUACGCGAUCAUUCACAUGGGCUCGUCGUAUCUGGCGACCAGCUCGCUGGGUGGUCACCCGACACUUCCGAGGCCGGCGGGAACGAGUGCCCACAGUACUGUCGACAAGAGCCACUUCCAUAGUGACGCCGCGGUCCGACCCAUCGCAGCCCGUGUUCCUGGUGUCAAGAGACCGUGCCCGCAGCACCAGCACGAGAUGGCCCGCCUGGCGACUGCUCAACCUCGCACACAGAGCGUGGUGCUGGUGUUGGAACAUAAUGUACGUGCUGGGAGUGCUGGUGCCGUGGUGCUCGCCGCUCUCGCUGCGGACUCUGCUCUGCGUCAAGCCCUUCGUGCCCGACUAUGAGUUGUCGCAGGUGAACGGAACACUAUUUCCGAAGCGCAGCAGUGAGACGCAGACGAUGUGGUCGCGACUGCUCACGCUGUGGCGAUACGUGUCCAAAGAGAGGACGCGGUUCGAGACUGAACCUGAUACAGGUUUACUAGGCAAAGGCCUAUCCCGCUGCGCCCACCGCGUGUGGACAUACGGCAUCGUAGGCGGCGCCGGCUCUCUCCUACUCCUACUCCUACUGCCGCUACUAGUACUCCUAGCAUGCACCACGUGCGGGACGCUAGCUGUGCUAGCACCGCUGUGGGCGCCGCCACUGGCGCUGGCGACGCAUGCCACUAACGCUGUACUGUAUGACCUGGACUGUCCUGAUCCGGAUCGACUCAAUAGAUGGUUCGUCCUGCUAGAAGUAUUACUAUGGCGAGUGGGAGUAUUAGGCGUACUACAGAUUGUCGCCGCGUUGGUGUGCGCCCUGCUUCUUUGUCCGCUUGGCGCGCUUCUACUGCUCGUCGGUGGUGUAUCAUGGUGGGGUGUCCGCGGCGCGUGGGAGGCGGCGGCGUGGCGCGGCGUGCUGGCGCGCGGCGCCCGCGUGCCCGCGCACGACUCCGCCUUCUGCCGGCGCGUGCGCGGCCCGGGGCUGCACGCCACCACCUACUAUCAGCUCACGAGCGGUCAGGCGCUAGCAGCGGUGUGUGCUCGUGCAGAACUAGAAGCGCUGUCCACGUGGCAAGCCGAACUAGAGCAUGCCAUAGAGCGUCCGCUCAGAGACUACGAGCAUUUCGUGCAAGCGUGCUUCGGACCGUUCUCUGUGCAGAUCGCUAAGACGGGAGCAUACAAGCAAUUAGAAAAGGAGUGUGGCUCACUAACAGCGACGUUACGUGAGAAAGUGAGCGCGCGACGCAGAGAGCUCGCGCUCGGCCUCAGUGACACAGCUCGCGCUAGAGUUAGACUUACCUCGCACGAUCUUAGACGUUGUGUACAGGCGUGUGCACAGGAGUUGUCCCGCGCUUGCGGCGGGGCGGCGCGGUCGGACGAGUGGUGGGCGGCGCGCGGGCUCGACGUGGCCGACUGGCAUGCGCUCGCUGCUAACACACUGGUAGAGGUGUUCGACACGGAGGUGCUAGUCGCGCUGGAGGCGCACGAGGCGCGGCUGGCGCUGGAGCGCGGCGAGGCGGAGCGCGCGUGGGCGGCGCGCUGCGGGCGCGACGCCGCGCCGCCCGACGUGCUGGCCGAGCGAGACGACUGGGGCGCCGCUACACCGUCAGGAGUGUGGUGUGAAUGGGGCGGUAGUGCCUUGCCCCGGGUGUCGCUGCCGACGCUGGAGGCGGUGGCGUUCAGUCCGCGGGCGCCACUGCACCCGCCCGUGCCGCACCCCGCCGCUGUGGCUCUCGUGUUGCACAACCGGGAGUCUGACAACCCAGUGCCGCUGGACUCGGAGCUGUGCGCCGAGAUACUGCGCAGUCUAGAGGACGCGCCCGACUGCGAUGAUAAACAUGACUCGGUGGAGCGUUACCGCGGCGGCGGCAGCUCGGGCUCCAGCUCCGGCAGCGAGGGCUCGCCCGACGACGACCAGCACGACCUCGCGCCGCCGCCAGCGUUACCCACGCCUGACGACUCGCUCUGCAGGGUGGGCAGCGGCGCGAUGUGUCGCUGGACGCUGACGGGGCGCGGCGUGCGGCUGCGCGCGGACCUGGCGUCGCCCGAGGACGUCACGCUCGACACCGAGCGGCACCACGGCACCUCCGUCUGAACACUGCCUUACACAACCACGCGUAUGACAGCUACGGCUGAACACAACCUACAGAGUAACUCAUUGUUAAAUUGAACGUGAUCUACAAAAAAAAACACAUUUGAUCAAAUUGAAUGAUGUUGCAAAACCACACGUUAUAUCGACAAAUAACCUUAUGAAGACACAUUAACCAGACAGAUUUUAAGGUAGGUUUUUGAAAUGUUGAUAAUUUGAACAGCUUGGUAUAAAAGUUACUCGAUUAUCGAUAAUGACAGCAUCCAAGUUUCUGAAAAAAUAUGAAAUUCUAUAUUGUAGGCUUCAAGAGAAAUGUCCAAUUAAUAUUUGUACCAAAUUAACAUCUGCCCAAAAAAGUAGAAAAAAACUUUAUUGACGUUUUCAUCAUCCAAAUACGUUCAAAAAUGAAUACAGGUUUAACUCUCUAGUUGCAUCAACCAUUUUGUUGAAAUGACGAUGGCAAUUUAGUAUAGUGAUACAGCUUCACAAAAAUAUGUAAUUAUUUCGUUUUUUUUUUUCUUUUAAAGUUGCAGACUUGAGAUUAUUAGUUAACGUUUUUUUAUAUGGACGAUUUAAUCCGUAGUUGAUAAGCAAGUACCGAAAUCAAUUUUGAGAGAUUUUUAUGUUUAUUAUUUCAAAUAUUAAUAUUAAAUGUUGGCAGCUGAAUUGUAUUGUUAAAGAUAAAGUUAAAUGAUAAACUUUGAAGUGGUUCUUUCGAUAAAAAAAUGACAGACAGACAUGCACAAUGCACAAUUUUUUUAGUGACUCUCUCAUUAUUUUAUUACCUUCCAGUGUAAAAAAUAGGUCGUGAUGUUAAUAUCCUUACAGAAAGAGAUUAUCCGCCUAUAUUUACUUCGUAAAAGUAUCUGUAGCCAUGAAAACGAAACCACUAACCUAUACUGAUUUUUAAAUAUACUUAAACGACAUUUUCAACAUAACUACAUUUUCAAAACAAUUCAUAAUUUUGUUCUUCUUCUGUCGAAAAUCAAAAAAUAUUUUUGAGUAAGAUUAGAGAUGGAGGGAUUUGUAGUUAAGUGUCAAUUAAAGUGUAUCGAUCUCAGACUGAGAAUGAGUAAAGAAAAUCUCAAAUAACGCUACUCAAAAUAAACUAAAAACUACUAGAUAAGUAUAACUAACAAAUUGACUGUCUAAUGCCAACUAUCUCUUAACGUUUCCCUAAGUGUCACUUAGAAUAAGGGCUCCCCCAAUACUUAAAGGUUACACUUAAACUUUGGAGAAAACAAAAUUCGUAUUAAGUGUUCCUUAGCUGCUCUUAGGGGAUCCCUAAAUUUAGGUAUUUGUUGGUGAAAAUGUGCAUAAGUGUCCU